AUGGGGAAGACUUCCAAAUAUGGCUCUGGUCCUCUCUGGUUCUUUGAAGUGGUAGAGUACUGUAUGCGACUCACAGAAAACCUUGGACUCCCCUUGCAUCUUCUUGAAAAACAUGGCCCUUGGCCAGCUUAUGUCACAUAUACCUCCCCAGUGGUACAAAAGUUCAUUGAGAAAAGCAAAGCUAGAGAACUGGAAUGUAUCCAUGCUUUUGAAGAAAGUCAACGGACACUGAAGUCCACCAAGUCUUCCAGCAUCUUUCAGCUGAAAAGGAAACAAUCAUUGAAAUCCACUGACGAACUGGCGCUCCAGGACGCACUGUCAGAGACUGUGUUAUCCAUGUGGGGUACUUACUCUGUAUCCACCAUGGGUCCCAUCACUGUCCCAGAACCCAUGCACUUACAAACUGAGUCUAGAGAUAAUCCCACAGCAAAGUAUAACAAGAUUAUUUUCUCCCGAAAACCUAUGCUGAGGAUGAUUCCCUACAACUCGGUACAGGUCGGCAAGGAGAAACACAUGACUGUUUAG